AUGCUUUCCAGGUUGAGUCGGUCAGCCAGCCGCCAGGCUUUAAAAAGUCCACCAUCAAGACUCCAAUUUCGCAGUUUUACUCUAUCUACUGCGAGACGAAUAGUGGACCAAACAAAAAAGAACAACGAAUCAUCUCAAGAACACAAGGACAGCCACCGCCAGCAAGCUACCAAAGCGGGUAGCUCAGGUAGCAGUGAGGGCCACCCAGCCAAGCAAGCUGAUCCCCAGCCGUCACCCAGCAAGUCCACAGGUAUUGAGACCGACGGGCCAGGCUCUUCCAAGGCUGGCACUGGAUCAGACCGAGGCGGAGUGUACCAGGAUGAGGACGUCAAGCGAGAGCAGAAGCAGAAGGAAAAAGAGGGCGGCAGGGAAUCAUCGAUGGUUAGGGGCGCGGACAAGGGCGAGAGUCUAGCAGAAGGCGACUACGACUCAUCCUCAAAAACCCCUGGUAGCAAAUCAUUUACUGGGGGGCACGGAAAGAGCCAUGCACUGGACGAUAAGUGA